AACGUAGUUGACCUCAGUUUCAGUCCUUCAAGGCCUACUCUAUCUUUCUCUGUCCAUAAAAAGCUGCUGUAAGCACCAAUACUCUCCUCACAAACCUAUCUUUCAUACACACACAUUCGUACGGUACCUCUUCAUUCAAAAGCUCUCAUUUUGGGCACUGUUUUCCUCUUCAAAUGUGGAAAGGUUUCCAAUAGAAAAUUAAUUGAUGAAUAUGUUAUUCCCUCGACUUUUUCUUCAUCCUCUCUUGGUGGUUUGCUUUGCAAAUUUUGCUUUUGGAGCUACUCGAUUGCCACCAGAUGAAGUACAAACUUUAGCUGACAUAGCAAAGAAACUGGGGAAGACGAACUGGGAUUUCAGUGGAGAUCCAGAUCCGUGCAACAAUCAAAAACCAUGGACUGAUCCCAAUCCGACCAAAGGAUUUGAGUAUGGCAUCACCUGUAAUUGUUUCUUGGCCAAUUCCACUGUCUGCCAUAUUACCAGCAUAGUUAUGAAAGCUCAGGAUUUGCCAGGAACACUCCCAAAAGAGAUGGCCAGGCUUACCCAUCUCGAAAAUAUUGACCUCACCCGCAACUACCUGAGUGGUACCAUCCCUCCAGAAUGGGGCUCCCUUCCACUUGUCAACAUUUCCCUUCUUGGAAACCGUUUGACCGGUCCUAUCCCCAAAGAGAUUGGAGACAUCACCACCCUGAAGCGUUUGGACAUCAGUAUGAAUAUUUUCUCUGGAGAGCUCCCUCGGGAGCUUGGGAAUUUGACCCUCAUAGAAAGCAUGCUUCUUAACUCAAAUAAUUUUACUGGGGAGUUGCCAGAUACAUUUGGAAAUCUUACCACACUAAAAGACUUCCGGGUGGGUGACAGUCACUUUUCUGGGCAGAUACCUGAUUUUAUAAAGAACUGGACAAAUCUUGAGAAACUAUUGAUUCAGGCUAGUGGUUUGACGGGGCCAAUUCCUCGUGGCAUUUCUCUUUUGACAAAUUUAACUGACUUAUUCUUAACUGGAAACUUGCUGACUGGACCCGUGCCUACUUGGACGAAACAAAAUGUUGAUCUUUCAUAUAAUAACUUCACCAUAGGGGACAAAGGUUGUCAAUCACAAGGCGGCUUGAACUUGUUUGCAAGCUCUUCAAAGGGCAAUAGUUCAAAAACUACAUGUUUGGAAAUUCAAAAAUGUCCACAAACUUGGUACUCUCUCGGUAUAAAUUGUGGUGGAAAAGCAGUAACUGUAUAUGGGGAAAAAGAUAAAACAUUUGAGGCGGACACAUAUUCAGCUGGACCUUCAUCAUUUUACCGGAGCACAACAAAUUGGGCAUUAAGCAGCACUGGUUACUUUAGUGAUAGUGGAGGUCUUGAAGACACCUUGACUAAUGAUGAUGUGGGCAACCUUACUUAUAAAUUGACCAACGAAAUACCCGCUAUGGCCAAUCCACUACUGUACAGGGAUGCACGCCUUUCUCCCAUCUCUCUAACAUAUUAUGGGUUUUGUCUGGAAAAUGGAAAAUACACCGUAAACCUCCAUUUUGCAGAGACAGUGUUUACAAAUGGCCAAACAUAUAAAAGCCUGGGAAGGCGUAUAUUUGAUGUUUACAUUCAGGGGAGACUAGUGCGGGAGGAUUUCAAUAUUGUGGAUGAAGCUGGUGGGAUUAGUACUGUAGUCAUAAUGAACUAUACUGCUGCUGUAACUAGUGGUACCUUGGAGAUCCGUUUUUAUUGGGCUGGGAAAGGGACGACCGGUAUCCCUCUUACAGGAGUUUAUGGUCCUCUUAUAUCAGCUAUUUCGGCAGAUCCUGCAGAUUUUGAAGCCCCAACCCCAACCCCACCCCCACCAGAAGUUGCAAGUAGCACAUCACCUGGUGGAAUUGUAGGUGCAGUAGUGGGAAUUGUGGCUGGAGGAGUCUUCAUUAUAUUACUGGUUUUUGGUAUUCUUUGGAGGAGAGGCCUCUUAGGACAACAAAAUACUUUGGAAGAUGGUAUUUACAUGUUUAUGCUGUUAUAAUGGUUUGUCAUAUGUUUUUUUUGUUUUUUUAAUUUCUAACGAAUUAAUGCUGCUAGAAUAUAUUAUCUGUUCAAACUCCUGAUGCAAAAUUUACCUACCUAUAGGUCCACUUGUUAAAUUCUUGGCCUUGAAUCAGUAGCGUGAUAUGAAAAAAUUAUAUGCUUACCAUUAUGAA